GCAGCACAGUGCGCCAGGGAGCGAGAACAGAGGCGUGGGGCACACGGGGGAACGGACGCGACAGACCGGCAGCAGGACGGAUUGACAGCGGCGGUACUUCUCGCUCGUUCUUGGUUCGGAGAAACAAUAUUAAGACCUCGUAGAACUGAGGGGUCCUGUUCGUUUUGUCGUCCGUAAAAAGGGAACUCCUUCACGGCCAAAUUUGGGAGUACUGUAACCGGUGGUGGGGAGGAGGGGGAGAAAGAUGCUGUUCCAGCCCGACUCCAUGCACCGCGCAGUCCGCUUCCGACGCUGGUGAUGCCCGCCGUGCGUGGAUCACCGCCCAGCAGCACCAGCAGCAGCAGCAGCAGGAGCAGGAGGAGGAGGUCGGGACAACAGGGCGUCGGGGGCCGAUGAUGAUGAUGGUAAGGUCGGGAUCAUGGCAAACGGAACCGGUACUAUCAUGUUAAAAUGCGUCGUGGUUGGAGACGGUGCAGUGGGCAAAACGUGUCUUCUGAUGAGCUAUGCCAAUGACGCCUUUCCCGAGGAGUAUGUGCCCACAGUCUUUGAUCAUUAUGCAGUGAGUGUCAACGUCGGUGGAAAACAGUACUUGUUGGGACUGUAUGACACAGCUGGUCAGGAGGACUACGACCGCCUGAGACCGUUGUCCUACCCGAUGACCGAUGUCUUCCUCAUCUGCUUCUCCGUGGUUAACCCUGCCAGUUUCCAGAACGUGCGAGAAGAAUGGGUGCCCGAGCUGCAGGAGUAUGCACCCAGUGUGCCCUACCUGCUCAUUGGCACCCAGAUUGACCUUCGGGAUGACCCCAAGACCAUUGCCAAACUGAAUGAUAUGAAGGAGAAGCCCAUAGCUACUGAGCAAGGACAGAAACUGGCAAAGGAGAUUGGUGCAUGUUGCUAUGUGGAAUGUUCAGCAUUGACCCAGAAGGGUCUGAAGACAGUGUUCGAUGAGGCCAUCAUUGCCAUCCUGGCUCCCAAGAGAAAGAAGGGAGCUCUGAAGAGAAGACUGGGACCUCGCUGCAUCAACUGCUGUCUGAUCACGUGAUACAUAAAGACCCAGAGAUCAUUCUGCAACCAACCAUAAGCCAAACUUGGACUGAAGUCAAAAGACAGACGAAAAUAAAAUGCACAGACAGCAGAUUGAGACAAAAGAGAGAACUGAAAAGGGCAAAACAAGAGCUGCGUUUAAUCUACAGUGCUCUUGAAAU